AAAGGUUCGCCAUCACUGGGCUAGGAUAAGGAUAAGAACUAGUAAAAAGAAGCCUGUUUACCUUUGUUUCCCAUUAGCUUUCUGCAAUAGAUUCCUUUAAAACCGAGCAGGACAGUUAUUUCUCAAAAGCACAAUGUGAACACUGCAGUAGGUGAGAAAAAUUCAUGGGCAGGUUCUAAGCUGACUUGGAGCUAGAUGAGGUGGAGGACUUCCUUGGGGAGCUCAUGACCAACGAGUUUGAUACAGUUGUGGAGGAUGGGAGUCUGCCGCAGGUGAGCCAGCAGCUGCAGACCAUGUUCUACCACUUCCAGAGGGGGGAUGGGGCCACUAUGAAGGAGUUGGCCUCCCACAUCACCCAAAGAAAGCGCAGGGUUAGAGCCACUGCACUUUCGACAGACAGACAGACGGAUGAUGAUAAUGCGGACAGUGCGGAGGAGAUGGAGGUCACAGCUAUGAAUGAUGGGGCAGUUACUGAUGGGGUCUGCCCCCAGCCUGAACCCUCUGGUCCAGACCCCCAGAUUAUUAAGGAAGAAGAUAUAGUGGAGGACGGUUGGACCAUUGUCCGGAGAAAGAAAUGAGUGUGGCUGGCAAUGGUUUGGGCCCUUGUAAGGAUUCUUUUGGAGGAUUGUGGAUCUUUGGACUGGUUAUCCCAUCUCCAUCCUCUCCCUAUUCCCCUGUCUAGCUCCCUCCAGGGGAAGAAGAGCCCUAGGGUCCUUGGCCUUGGGGUGGUAGGACCUGGUCGACCACACCCUGAACGGUGAGGCCUGGUUUCCCAGCACAGUGCCUUGGGUGAAGUCAGUGAAGAGUCGGGUGAGUGGGUGUGGGUGCGCUUGGAAAUGCUGAAUGCUGGUUGACAGUGGGCAGGUAGAUCUAUGAAGGGAGAGAGGACCAGCAGAACCAAUACUUCUGCUGGGUCAGGAACGGUGAGAUGAACAUGGCAGCUGGAAGAGAGUCAUUGACAAUGUGAACGAAAGUAGCUGUGUUACCUCUCCCACUUUUCUGCUGCCCGUAAACACACACACACACACAGCAGCUCAGCCCCAUCCUGCAGCCCAGCCUCCAGCCCUGGUUCCUUCAGGAAGUCUAAGACAUUGGCAAGGUGGUGAGCUUGGGGGACCUGGGCUUUGUUUUCUGUCUCCUGCAACCUCUUUCCAAACUCUUCAUCCAAUUCCAUCCAUGUCCAGGGAUGAGGCUUAAAAGACAUGAAUAAAUAACACCUUAAUGAUGAACCUG